UGCACAACAGCAUUGCCAAGUCAGCAUUGUUUAAAACUCAAUUACGGGUGCUCUCCUCCUCACUCUCCAGCCCAGCAGCAUUUCUUUCCCAAACUUUCUGACACUCAGAAAUGGCUACAGCUGGUAAGGUAAUCAAGUGCAAGGCAGCAGUGGCCUGGGAGCCCAACAAGCCCUUGGUGAUGGAGGAGAUUGAAGUAGCCCCACCCAAGGCCGGUGAGGUCCGCAUCAAGAUUGUUGCAACAGGUGUGUGCCACACCGACCUGUACCAUCUGUUUGAGAGUAUGCACAAAGAUGGCUUCCCAGCAGUCCUCGGCCAUGAGGGAGCUGGCAUCGUAGAGAGCGUCGGGCCUGGGGUCACUGAAUUUAAAACAGGAGACAAGGUCAUUCCUCUCUUCAUUUCCCAGUGUAGAGAAUGUCGCUUCUGUAAGAGUCCCAAAACCAACCAGUGUGAGAAAGGAUGGGCUGCUGAACGUUAUGAUGUGAUGUCACUAGAAGACUCCAGGUUUACCUGCAAGGGGAAGAAGGUGCUGCAGUUCAUGGGGACCAGUACUUUCUCUGAGUACACUGUGGUUAACCAGAUGGCUGUGGCUAAGAUCGACCCUGCUGCCCCUCUGGACAAAGUCUGUCUCCUUGGCUGUGGGGUCUGCACAGGAUAUGGAGCAGCAGUUAAUACUGCUAAGGUGGAACCAGGCUCCACAUGUGCUGUGUUUGGUCUGGGAGCCGUGGGUUUGGCUGCAGUCAUGGGCUGCAAGGCUGCAGGAGCCAAGAGGAUCAUCGCUGUUGACAUCAAUCCAGAGAAGUAUGAGAAGGCCAAAGUGUUCGGGGCGACCGACUUUGUGAACCCCAAGGAUCACAGUAAACCCAUCAGCCAAGUUCUGUCUGAGAUGACUGACGGAGGAGUGGACUUCUCCCUGGAAUGUGUCGGGAAUGUGGCAGUCAUGCGCAAUGCCUUGGAGUCUUGUGUGAAAGGCUGGGGUGUCAGCGUCCUGGUUGGCUGGACGGACUUGUACGAUAUUGCUGCCCGACCCCUUCAGCUCAUCGCUGGACGCACAUGGAAGGGCUCCCUGUUUGGAGGAUUUAAGAGUAAGGAUGGUGUGCCUCAGAUGGUUAAAGGCUACCUGGACAAGAAGGUGAAGCUGGAUGAGUUCAUCACCCACAACAUGACCCUGGCCCAGGUCAAUGAUGCAAUUGAUCUGAUGAAGCAAGGCAAAUGCAUCCGGACAGUCCUGAGUGUCUCUCCACAAUAAGACCACUCUGUUGCUUUCACAAAAGUUACACAAAAAUCAUUUAAUGACUUUGCACCCUAAAGAAAUAUAAACAAAUCACUACUUAAGAUUGAAUAAAAUUCAUGUUAUUGACA